UCCGGUUUCCCCACAUGUAGAAAGACCCAGAAAGCGCGAGAUUUUUGGAACGAUCACAGAACUGCAAACAACGGCCUGUGAUAUGUAUUUUGCAGAUCCGGAGAGCAACGAGUUGUAAAAUUAAAAAGGCACCCAAUUCGAAAAUGUCGACGCCAGGAUCGUCUAAGGAGGUUGUUCCCAAAGCGAUGGGCCCAGAUGUCCGCUCUACCGCCGUGGUAAAGUAUACCAGUGUGGCCACAUCCCCAACAUUCUCAAGACUACAACUCAACACCAAUCUCAAUGUCCCACCCUCAAACUGGCUCCGAAGCAGUUCCGUCCUAGAACAGUUUUUCAGAGACUUUCCGCGAAAACGUGAACAUCCUGAGUUUUCAAGUUUCAACAUGGCCAACAACUUCCCUGACCUGACUGGAGAAGUUGAUGUUGUCACUGAUGCCGAGAACAUCAAGAAGCUACUGAAGAUCCCGUUCUGCAAGUCGUCCCACAUCAGCAUGAUGGUGCAUCGCAUCAGCAACACGCUGCUCCUUGACGAGUUCGACAUUCAUAAACACCUGCUUAGGAAAGAACAGGAAGAAUGGAGCUGGUUGCGUCAUUUCUUUUAUGAAAGUGUUGCGAAGGACAUGGAGGGAAAGAUGAAGUGCGUUCGAGGAAAAGCAAGAGCCGCAACACUCUCCAGAACAGAAGCAUGUACUCCAAGUUCCUGUACCACAGGUGUUCAUACUCUUUGUUACCAUGGUUACAGUCUGUCAGCCAGUGCCUGUGAAGAUGAUGCUGUGUCGGGCGUGUCAGUCAACGAACUGAUUCCACAGAGUCACAGUGUGUCCAUACCAAACGCCAGCUCUGUCGCCAAACAAACGGCGCCAAGCACAGAACAACAGGCCGUCAUACCAGAUCCACUACCAAAGCCUGAGGGGAGCGGAUACCAUCGGGAGGUGUACUGGACAUUCGAGGAUAUCCACAUGCUGAUUGGGACUGACCUACCCAUCUUUGGAGGCGACACACAUCCAUGCGUCAGUCUCAAACUCAGGGACUCGGCCACGCCCAUCAAUGUGCUGACCGGGCUGGAUUGCUGGCUGGACAACCUCAUGUGUAAUGUGCCGGAGGUCGCCAUGUGCUUCCAUCUCAAUGGAAUCGUGCAGAAAUACGAGCUGAUAAAGACAGAGGACAUCCCUCUGCUGGAGGACUGCAAGUUUGACCCACUGUUGGUGACCGGCAUUGCCAGGAACCUGCUCUCCUUCUUGAAAUCUAACGCCACCAAAGAGGGCCACACAUACUGGCUGUAUAAAAAUGUGGACGAUGACGUAGUGAAGUUAUACGACCUGACUGUGCUGUGCGGAGACGAGAUCAAGGAAGACAGCAACCCCUUUGUUGUCCCUGUUGGCAUCUUGCUGUACCGAGUUGCCCGCAACCUGCGACAGACUGGCGGCAAGAUGAAAACUGCCACCAUCAGAACCCUCCUGGAAAACUGUCUGCAGCUACUGAAUGAAGAGAAACAUUCACAGGUGUGCACAUCGGCCAACUACCUGCUGUCUGACCUGUUUGUGCCGGACAGCUCUAUCGGCGAUGUGUGGUGUCAGGAGGAGAGCAAUGAUUCGGACGAGGACACCGAGGAGUCCACAGCAACAUCAGAUGAGGAAAAUGAGGUGAAGACGGAAAUAUCCCUCGGGCUGAAAGAUCUGUGUCGGAUCGACCGCACUGUGCGCCGCGCCUGGCGGGUUCCUCGUAGACAUGCUAUCGCAGGCACAGUGGAAGAGCGGUGUCGAGAUGCACUCAGCUACAUUAGAAAGGGCCUGGACUGCCUCGGCAGGGACCUGUCCAAUCUCAAGACCAAGGAACCACACAAGAGUUGCAGCAUCGUGGAGGAACAGGCCACGUGUAAUCAGAGUGAGGCCAUUCCACUCCAUUACGAACCACUAAGCAAAGGGGAAGACAAACAAGAUAGUCUCCAGGUGACCAUCGCUAUGCCAACAGACACCAAGGCAUCUUGGCACCAGUUGUCCAAAUCUUUGCUGCUGAGGAAGGGCUCUAUGGCCUAUUAUGCUCUGGCCAAGGAACACAUGUCGGUCCAGAAGUACGGACAUGCACUCAAGCAUGUGAGAUUUGCAUUACAUUGCCUGGAUGCGAUGAAGAAACUGGUGCCCAGCAAGGAAGGGGAGAACCGCGAGCUGCUGAUGCUGAUCCUUGAGCUGGCCGGGGACAUCCACCUCCUCAUCAGCCACAUCAGUCGUGCUUCGAGGAACACAAGAGAGACUACGGUGACAUGUCGGAGGAAGAGGCGGUGGUGCUGGAUGCUGCACAGAACGUCGUACCUAACCCAGCCACAUCCAUCUUUUUCCAUUAUCUGUGAUACAGAGUACUCGUGGGUGUACACGUGGACGUUGAGCAUGGAGCAGAACCUGGUACACAGCAGCCGGUGCUACGAGCUGGCCUACCAGAUUGGGACCAAGGUCAAGUGUAGCAAGGACACACGGGUCAGUCUGUCCAAACGUCAUGGCAACUCCCUCAACGAGCUCGGUGUGUGGUACAUGAACCAAGCCCAGGUGUUCUUGCAGUCAGGUGCCAUUGAACCAUCCAGCAAGAUGAAGGAAUUGUGGGAGAAGAGUCAGCAGUGUUUCACGUCGGGGAUCACAGCGUUCUCCAACAUCCACGACAAGGCCAACCAAGCGCUGCUGAUGUCCAACAGUGGCCGACUGAUGCGUCUGUGUGCCCAGUGCUACACUCAACAAACCAUGCAGCAGUCUCGCCCCGAGUUCAGUCUCCAGGAGAAACAAUACUAUUCCAAGGCUGUGGACUGUUAUCAGAAUGCUCUAACCGUCCUUGGCCCAGGGGAGAAAACUCCCAAUGACCUGAGAGAAAUCCGAGAAGCAGUGAAGUGGGACCUGUCCACCACCUACUUCAACAUGGCAAUGCUGCUACAAGACUACCCACCUCACACUAGUCAGACACAGGAGGAGAUUCCUCAGACAAAUGACCAGAAGAAGCGCCACCUACGACAGGUGGCGGACAACCACUACGACCGAGCGUUCCGGCUGUUCCAGCAGGCCGAGUCCCAUACAGAACUGCUCCGCGUGCAGCUGGAGAGGGUCGCCAUGUUGGAGACUGCACUGCAAGGUCAGUCAGUGGCAAAGUCUCGUCUCCGCUCCCUCAAUGCAAUCACCAGCCUGCUGGGGUCAUGUGCUCCCUCGGUCAAUGUGCUGGCCUGUCCCACCGAGGACGCCCCGGACCAGGGGGAGAAGUCCGAGGAGGACAGUCUGAGCAUCAUCUUAGAGUCUCGGAUACAGUUUGUUUUCCUACAGCUCGUCAAAUGCUACAGCUCGGGGUUCAAGAGCAAAACAGACAUGAUGAGCAGAUUGAAGGCUGCCUAUGCCAGGAGCCUUCAGAAAACAGACAAGCAAAAGUGUCUUCGGUCCCGAUGGGCCUGGAUUAAAACUCUCCUGUGUGAUCUGCAGAAUCUUCAUGAUGGCAUCACCAAAGAUGCAACAUGAUGUACAACCGAGUACAACUUUGGUGUAUUAUCCGGUGUUAUCUGCAAUAGCCUUUAUACAAUGUCAAAAUACAAAAUGGUAUACAACAGAAUACAACUAGUUUAUAAACUUGUGUGAUCUGCUGUUUUCAUGAUAGCCUUUAUACAAUGUCAAAAUACAAAAUGGUAUACAACAGAAUACAACUAAUUUAUGAACUUGUGUGAUCUGCUGUCUUCCUGAUAGCCUUUAUACAAUGUCAAAAUACAAAAUGGUAUACAACAGAAUACAACUAGUUUAUAAACUUGUGUGAUCUGCUGUCUUCAUGAUAGAAUUGAUACAAUGUCAAAAUACAAUAUGCCACACAACAGAAUACAACUGGUUUAUAUGCUUCUGUGUGAUCUGCUGUCUUCAUGAUAGAAUUGAUACAAUGUCAAAAUACAAAGUCAAAAUACAAUAUGUCAUACAACAGAAUACAACUAGUUUAUAAAUGUCUGUGUGAUCUGCUGGAGCAGCAGAAGAACCUUUUCCUUUUGAACCUGAGAAUGAUCUUCCAUGUGCCGUCAAAUACG